CCUUUGAAGUUUGGCAACAUUACGGUUGUCGUGCGUGGAUCGUCGAGCGAGUUUGAUUCAUUUCAUUUUCCUUUUACAGCCUAUUUUAUUUAAAAAUACACAUGUUUAUGGGGUUGUUGUAAGGCGGUUUGUUAAAUUUCUGCUGGUGCCUCACAUAUAUACGUAAACUGAAUUAUGACGUGCUUUGUGUUUUGAUAACGUGAUAGUGCAAUUUUGGAGGUAAAAUGCCCGCUUCCAUUUGCGACCCAGUAACAAGCGCAUUGCGUUUAUCUCUUACCCCAGACGAAUCUCAAAGUUCCUCAUUGUUGGAUAGCAGACUUUACUCUUCCGCUAAAAGCGUUCUUUUGUCCAAGAUUGAGUUUGAAGAGUCUGGUGAUUAUCAAAGCAAUGUUCUCGAAGGACUGAAAUCUAAGUACGUGGUGAUCCGACCUAAAAAACCAGUGCAUGAUAGUAAACUGCUUAAAAAGGACUGCAAUUCUACCGGUCAAGCAUCAGAUAGUAACAAAGCCUUAGAAGAUGGCUUGCCUAAACCAAAAAGGGUUUUAUUUCCUGUGGAAAAAGUUCACUUGGGAUGGCAAAGUGCAUGGGCUGCUGGUGCUGGCAUGCAGAAUGUGGGUAACACAUGCUAUUUGAAUUCCACCCUUCAGGCUCUGUUCCAUGUGCCUGCUUUUGCUAACUGGCUAGUCAUGGAAGUGACUCAUGCAGAGAAAUGUAAUCAACAAGAAGCCUGUGUGAUAUGUGGAAUGCGUGCCACAUUAAUGGCUACACAGAAAAGUGGUGGAGCUCCAAUAAAACCUUGGCAGGUAUACUCCAAGUUACGGCUUAUAUGCAGGCACCUCACACCAGGCAGACAAGAGGAUGCUCAUGAAUUUUUAAGGUAUCUAGUGGAGGCCAUGGAGAAAUGUUAUUUAAGUAGAUUUGUCAACCAUGAUAAGUUCGAUCAGUACAGUAAAGAAACUACUCCAUUAAACCAGAUUCUUGGUGGAUACUUGCGCUCAACAGUCCGAUGUCUUGCAUGCCACCACCUGUCCACUACAUACCAGCAUUUUCAGGAUUUGUUAUUAGAUAUAAGAAAACACUCUACGUUAGAUGAAGCUUUAGAUUCCUUUUUUUCUCGAGAAAGGUUAGAAGACUUAGGUUACAAAUGUGAGGCAUGCAAUAAAAAAGUUUCUGCCACUAAACAAUUUUUUGUUGAACGUGCCCCUAUGGUCCUCUGCAUAGCAUUAAAACGGUUCUCACUGGCUGGAGGAAAACUUUCGAAACAUGUGCAAUUUAGGAAGAAGAUCACUCUUAGCAAAUAUAUGUACAACAAAAGUCAACAACAGUUGUCAUAUAAACUAGUAAGUUUAGUCACUCAUCUUGGACCUUCACAGAAUUGUGGUCACUAUACCGCAAUAGGACAAGCUCCAAAUGGGAAUUAUUACCAGUUUGAUGACAGUUGUGUUCGACCGUUACCUCUGUCAGCUGUGUUAGGCACUAAUGCCUAUAUUAUGUUUUUUGAAAAAGAUAAUACAGUUGACGAAGCAUCUUCUUCAGCAGCAUCUUCAUCAAGUGUUGUAUAUGGUCCACAGCUACCAGACAACAUAUUAAAUAGAGAAAAAAGUCCAUUAAAAUUAACCUUUUAUAGAAAUGAUGAGAGAAAGCCAGUACUUCUUAAUAGCACUUCAGUAGAAGUUGCUAAACCGGAUAUUAAACCAAUUAUUCUAAAUAGCACACUUGGCAAAUCAACUGAAUCUAAUAAUGUCAACCCUGAACCAUGGGUGGUAAAACAAAAUGGUGAAGUAGAAAAACUUGUACAGCCACCAAAGAUUCUAAAUGGUAUAGAAAAGAAUGGUAAUAAACUUGAUGAAGAUGAUAAGAAAAUUAGUUUUGUAAUUAAACGACAAAACGGCGACGAAAACCAAGUGAAACCCAAGGUAUCUAAAAGUGAAUCUGAUCUCAGGUCAAUUAUAAAUUCAAAAGCAAUUGAGAAGUCUGCAUCAACAAGCAAAUUGGUGAAGACGCCUAAGUCGCCAUUAGAAAAACUUGAGGAGCAAAUGAAUAGAAGUGACUCAUCAGGUGUCUCGCCAAGGAAUGGCUGCACAGGAUCGAGAUUGGUGCCGUAUGAUUCUGAAUCAAGUGGUGACGAACGAAAUGACAGAUUGAGCGAAGAUGGAGCAAGAAGGGACGACGGUCGCCGACCUAAACCGAGCCGAUGUGAGUCCCCGCGCGCGUUAGUGGUCACCACCAAGAGCAUGCAUCAUGCCUGGACCGUCCACAGCGAGAACAGUGGGCCAUUACUCAGUCCCAGCCUCAAUGGCGUUACCAACAAAAAGGUUAAAGAAAAAGAGGAGCGGCGAACAGAAAAUGACCAAAGCCCUAACACAAGUGUUAGUAGCAUGUCUCCUCUGAGCGACCGCAGUGGUACGGGUCAGGCAGCCACCAGCGCAGCAUCUGGCACACCAGCGCCGGUCAGCCUUAACGGUAGCGCGAGUACUGGAGCGCCCAGCCCCGCGCCCCCCGCCGCGCCCGCGCCCCUGGAGACAAUGCGGCAUCUGCAGUCUGUCUCACAUCGUGGUUAUGGUGCACCUGUUUCUUCUUGGAACGGAACUCACAGCACCCUUUCGCGACAGGUGUUUGAGGAACGAAGAGAUGAGCGCAAGCGUGCCCUCGAAGCAACAGAUGAAAUGGAUCGAGGUCGCAACAAGAAGGUGAAAAAGUUCCAUCACUACAAUAAUCGCUUCAACAAUAGCAGAAAUGGGUACAAUCCUUUCCAGGAAAAACAGAACAAGCCACAUUGGGGCGGAAAUUUCAACAAAUAUCGCAACGAGCGGCGCCCCUCUCACCAUUUUAAUAAACAUCACAGCAACAAGUACAAACGGUUUAAUAGAUACAGUAAUGGGCACCACUACCCCAGGCACCAUUGACCCGAGGCCGGUUCGGUUCCACUUAUUUGUGUAAAUAGAUAGCAUAUGAACUUAAAUUUAUAGUUUAAUAUAAUAAGCCUUCACAAAUAUGAACAGUUACAGUUUUGACACAAUUGUUGUCAUUGGUUUGCUGCCGCCAUACAGUUUAAUCUGAGCAAUUUAUUGAAAUUAGUAUUAUUAUAAUUUGUAGUUGAAGGUUAUUUAAAAUAAAAAUUAAGUAUAAACAUGAGUAACUGCCAGUUUCAGCCCUUUACCUGUAACCGCAAAUAGUGACCUCAUAAGAUGUUAACAUCUAAUAGUUAUAGCUAAAUUAUAAACAUUGUGAUCUAAGCAAUAGCAACAUUAGUUUGCAUGGUUUUCUACUGCAAUCGAAGGGGUACUUCAAGUAGUUAAAGAAAUAUUAAGUUAUAAUUACAAUAAGGAUAAUUGAUUGUUAUUGGCGCAGAAAAUGUAAUAGAGUAAGGAAUUAAACUUAUUUAUAACAAAAAGCCUUAUAAAAUAGAUAUUUUCAAGCGAUCAUUUACUACGACACGCUGCUCUAGAAGCAAAUAAUUAAGAGUAAAGCUUCAGCUGCUUACACCACAAGAGACAUAAGAACUGCUCGAGUGGUGUUAUUGUUGUACUAGAUGAUAAGCAAUGGGUUUCUGACUUGUUACUGUUUAGUGCAUUUUAUUUGUUAACUGUUCAUUUACUCUACUCAUGCCUGACAUUAUUCUGUUUAUAUACAAUAACUGUUCUGACUGUUGAACCCAUUAGUCAUUGACAGUGUGAUUUUAUAUAGUUGUACAUUGAUGUAUGUGUAAUUUCAUUAUAUUUCAAGGGAAUUUAGGUGGGGCAGCUGUUAUAAAAUGAGUUUAUUUUAUACUGCUCAAAUUGUUGACACAUUUUUCUUUUGUUCACCCCAUCAUAGUAUAUGUAAUGAAAAUAUGACUGAGAGUAAUUAUGUUUUAGUUUAAAUACUGUUACCUUUUAAAUAUGUAUUUAUCUUCCCAUGGUUAAUAAAACAGGUACUCAUUAUUACUCAUUCUACCUUUAUUAUUAUAUCUUUUAUCCUUUUUACUUGUUAUAUCAUAAAGAAACAUAAAUGUAAUGCCAACAUACACUUUUGUUCACUGUUCUUAUAAAAAAGAAAUAUGUCAAUUCUGUUGUGACUCAUUUUAUUGAUAGACGAGUGAUAUGUUUGGGGAGAGUAAUUGUAUUUAUUUAAACUUAUUUUCAAAACGCUUUAUUGUUCCAUGAAAUCGGUAACAUCUUCCGGAAUACAUUAUUGUGAAUGAUGUUAUAUGCCCUGAGAAGCAUUAAGUACAAGGACAACAAAACUGGGAUAACUUGAACUAUUUCUCAGAAAUACAGAGUUAUGAAAUAAAGUAUAAUAUAUUUCCACUCACUGCAAGACUUAUUUUUCCCAUUCAAAUAAAUUAAUUUUACAUGACUAUCUGAAAUAGUUAUUAAUUGUAAUAAACUUAAAAGUAUUUGUUAUUUGUAAAAGCAAAUAGGGUAUCCAUUUCUUAGAAUAACGUGGUUGUGAAGAAUUUAUUUCUUUUUUGAGGAAAUUAUUUAAUAUGUAAUAAAAAUCAAGAGUUGCAAUAUGACAGACAUAAAUCUGAGAAAUCUUACAUUUAUGAAAUUGACUAAUAUAACAAUGGGCGCAAGUUUUAAGUGAACAAAACCUUUAAAACAGAAAA